AAUUCCAACAUUUCCCUCUUUGGUGUAAUUUCUCAGUUUUCUCCUCCAUUUUCUUUCUCUCUCUGCCUUCAGUCUUUAGUCCUUACAGAUCGUCCUCUAUGGCUGACGCCGCCGACACUGUGGCCACAGCGACCACCAGUGCCGCCGCGGAAUCAGCGAGCAAGCCGAAAGCGGCGGAGCCAAAGCGGUGGGCCGACGAGGAAGACGACGUUCCUGAAGAGCCAAGUUCUUCCUCCGAGGGGAAAACCGUGGCGGAGCUUAACGUGGAUGCAUUAUCCAUUGAUGAGAAGACCAACAAGUUCCUCGACGAACCCGAAGACUCCAACAUCCGAGCCGUUACUUCGGGAGAAACUCCUUACACGUCAGCUAGUAGUUUUGAAGAUUUGAAUUUGACACCAGAACUAUUGAAAGGUUUAUACGUCGAGAUGAAAUUCCAGAAGCCUAGCAAGAUUCAAGCUGUCAGUUUGCCCAUGAUAUUGACACCUCCGAACAAGGAUUUGAUAGCUCAGGCACACAACGGGUCUGGGAAGACAACUUGUUUUGUGCUUGGUAUGUUGAGUCGUGUUGACCCAAAAUUUAAGGCUCCACAAGCUCUCUGCAUUUGUCCCACAAGAGAGUUAGCAAUCCAGAAUAUGGAAGUUCUUCAGAAGAUGGGGAAGUACACUGGGAUAACUGCUGAAUGUGCUGUCCCAACAGUGAUGAGCAGAGAGACGCCAACAGCAAAACGGGCACCAGUGCUGGCACAAGUAGUGAUUGGGACGCCUGGCACAAUCUUGAAAUGGAUUUCAUUUAAGAAACUAGGUGUGAGCUUCUUGAAGAUCCUUGUUUUUGAUGAGGCUGACCACAUGCUGGCUGCGGAUGGUUUUAGAGAUGAUUCGUUGAAGAUAAUGAAAAGUAUUGAAAAAGUUAAUUCUCACUGCCAGGUCCUCCUUUUUUCUGCAACAUUUAACGAGCUUGUCAAGGAUUUUGCUUCAAGGAUAGUAAAAAAAGACUACAAUCAACUUUUUGUAAAGAAGGAGGAAUUAUCAUUAGAAUCAGUAAAGCAGUACAAGGUGUAUUGUCCAGAGGAAUUGACUAAGAUUAUGGUUAUUAAGGACAGAAUUAUGGAACUAGGGGAAAAUCUGGGACAGACUAUAAUUUUUGUUAGAUCAAAACGGAAUGCAAGCAUGUUGCAUAAGGCUCUAGUUGAUCUAGGAUAUGAAGUUACUACAAUUCAUGGUAGUCUCAAUCAAGAAGAAAGGGAUAAGAUAGUCAAAGAAUUCAAAGACGGUUUGACCCAAGUUCUUAUAGCAACUGAUGUUCUGGCUCGAGGCUUUGACCAACAACAGGUGAAUUUGGUGAUCAAUUUUGAUCUUCCAGUGAAACAUACAAAUCGGACAGAGCCCGACUAUGAGGUGUACUUACACAGGGUUGGUAGAGCAGGGCGUUUUGGCCGCAAAGGAGCUGUAUUUAACUUGUUGAUGGAUGAUAACGACCAGUUGAUCAUGGGAAAAAUAGAGAAGUAUUUCGGAACUCAAAUAACUGAGGUGAGGCAUUGGGACAGCGAGGAGGACUUUAAGGAGGCUCUGAGAUCAGCGGGUUUGCUAUAAUGAUAGUGAUUUGCUUCUAUGGCCUCGUAUUGAUGAAAGUUAUAAUAUGUUGUUAAAUUCUGUGGAGUUCUAUAGUUGUUAUGAAUUGUUUUUGAGAAAUAGGGGAUGAAAAAUUUGGAGUGAGGGAAUGUAGCUUGGUUGACAUGUGAGAUUGGUAAGAAAUUGAAUUUAGGUAUUAGUGAAUAAUACGUUAUAUUUGUGGAAUCCAAUUGAAUUUUUGCCAUCAAAA